UGUACGGAACAGUCUCGCGUUUCUGAGGAUGCUAGCGGUGGAUAUUCGCGCGUGUUUCACCGGACCAGUGCUGUUUUUAGACAGUGCUUCCUUAUAGUGAGUCGGAUGAUUGGAGCAGCUGUGCGCUCGCGCUUAGACUGCUGCAGCUGUCAUUGACUAUUGAACAGUGAACACAGGUAAAAAUGAUGUGCGAGGUGAUGCCCACGAUCAGCGAGGACACUGCGCUGAGCCAGCGUGGCUCCCAGAGCAGCGCCUCUGACCCAGACUCGCACUUCGAGCAGCUAAUGGUGAACAUGCUGGACGAGAGGGACCGUCUGCUGGACACCCUAAGAGAGACGCAAGAGAGCCUGGCCCUCGCCCAACAACACCUGCAGGACGUCAUCUAUGACCGGGACUCACUGCAACGUCAACUCAGCUCCGCACUGCCACAGGAGUUUGCCACUCUGACAAAGGAGCUGAAUGUCUGCAGAGAACAGCUGCUGGAGAAGGAGGAGGAGAUUUCAGAGUUGAAGGCCGAGAGGAACAACACCAGACUGCUGUUGGAGCAUUUGGAGUGUUUAGUGUCAAGGCACGAGCGUUCCCUGCGCAUGACGGUGGUGAAGCGACAGGCUCAGUCUCCUUCAGGAGUGUCCAGUGAGGUGGAGGUCCUGAAAGCCCUCAAGUCCCUUUUUGAGCAUCACAAAGCAUUGGAUGAGAAGGUACGAGAGAGAUUGCGGGUAUCACUUGAGAGAGUCUCUGCCUUAGAGGAGGAGUUAGCCGCAGCCAAUCAGGAGAUUGUAGCCUUGAGAGAACAGAAUGCCCACAUCCAGAGGAAGGUUGCAUCAGGAGAGGGGGGUGAAGACUUGCUGGAGGGCACUGAUGCCCAGAAAGUGCAUGGCAAGAGGUUGUCUAACGGGUCGAUGGAGUCGUGUGAUGAGGCCAGUCAGGUGGUGGAGCUGCAGGAGUUACUGGAGAAGCAGAACUAUGAGCUGGCACAGAUGAAGGAGCGCAUGUCCUCACUGUCAUCACGUGUGUCUGAGGUGGAACAGGAGCUGGAAACGGCACGCAAGGACCUCAUCAAGAGUGAAGACAUGAACAACAAGUACCAAAGAGAUAUUAAAGAGGCGAUGUGUCAAAAAGAAGACAUGGAGGAACGGAUCGUAACUCUUGAGAAGCGCUAUCUCAGUGCCCAGCGAGAGUCCACGUCACUACAUGACAUCACAGACAAGCUGGAAAACGAACUGGCCAAUAAGGAGGCGUUUCUGAGACAGAUGGAGGAGAAGAACAGGCAGUUACAGGAGCGCUUGGAGUUAGCGGAACAGAAGCUACAGCAGACUAUGAGAAAAGCAGAGACACUGCCUGAAGUAGAGGCUGAACUAGCGCAGAGGAUAGCAGCUCUCACUAAGGCAGAGGAGCGGCAUGGCAGUAUCGAAGAGCGUAUGAGACAUUUAGAAGGACAACUGGAGGAGAAGAACCAAGAACUGCUCAGGGCUCGACAGAGAGAAAAGAUGAACGAAGAGCAUAACAAGCGUCUUUCAGACACUGUGGACAGACUUCUGACUGAGUCAAAUGAACGAUUACAACUUCAUCUGAAAGAAAGGAUGGCCGCUCUUGAGGAGAAGAAUGUUUUAAUACAAGACUCUGAGAACUACAGGAAGCAGUUAGAAGAUUCCAUUCAAGAAAAGUCUCAUCUCUCUGAGGAGAUGGAUAAAAUGAGAUCUGAACUGGAUCAGUACCGGCUGAGGGCUGGAUCCCUUACAGAGCCCACACUGUCACGGUCUCAUCUGGACGCAUCCGGAGAUCUGCGGUUCUCUCUGGGCUCUCUGGCUGAGACGCAGUCGGACCACUACCGCUCCACCAAGGUUAUCCGCAGACCCAGGAGAGGACGCAUGGGACUUUGUAUGGAGGAACAGAAGGCUAAGUCUCUGGGCGAGCAUGAAUGGCGCUCUCAGCAGCUUGGCGUUCUGGGCGGCCACCCGUAUGAAAGUGACACAGAGAUGUCAGAUAUAGAUGACGAUGACCGUGAGACCCUCUUCAGCUCGAUGGAUCUCCUGUCUCCUGGAGGACAUUCAGAUGCUCAGACUCUGGCAAUGAUGCUGCAAGAACAGCUGGAUGCCAUUAAUAAAGAGAUCCGGUUGAUCCAAGAAGAGAAGGAGUCAACAGAACUGAGAGCCGAGGAAAUCGAGAACCGCGUGGCCAGUGUGAGCCUGGAGGGGCUUAACCUGGCGCGGUUGCACCAUCCCGGACCCUCCAUCACUGCCUCAGCCACCGCCUCCUCCCUCGCCUCAUCCUCGCCUCCCAGCGGACACUCCACCCCCAAACUCACCCCCCGCAGCCCCGCACGCGACAUGGAGCGCAUGGGGGUCAUGACACUGCCCAGUGACUUGCGGAAACACAGGAGAAAGAUCGCAGCAGUGGACGAGGACGGCCGAGAGGACAAGGCCACCAUCAAAUGCGAGACCUCUCCACCUCCCACCCCUCGCCAAGUCCGCAUGACACACACGCUCCCCUCCUCCUCACACAACGACGCACGGCUGACUGCAUUAGAGACAGAGGCCAGUGCUCUGAGCAGUGUAGCCAGCAGUCAGGACUCCCUCCACAAGCAGCCAAAGAAGAAAGGCAUCAAAUCCUCCAUCGGCAGACUGUUUGGGAAGAAGGAGAAGGCCAGACUGGGACAGCUGGGGAAAGAGCUGGUGGGACCAGGACAAGUAGGGAAUGUAUCUGAUCCUGAGCUUCUGGGUCAGGAUAUUGCAGUGGGAAAGCUGGGAACACAGGCAGAGAAAGAUCGCAGACUUAAAAAGAAACAUGAGUUGUUGGAAGAAGCCAGAAGAAAAGGGUUACCCUUCGCUCAGUGGGACGGUCCUACGGUUGUUGCGUGGUUGGAGCUGUGGCUGGGGAUGCCAGCAUGGUAUGUGGCAGCAUGUCGUGCCAAUGUGAAAAGCGGUGCUAUUAUGUCGGCCCUGUCAGACACUGAGAUUCAGAGAGAGAUCGGCAUCAGUAACCCGCUGCACCGCCUCAAACUACGCCUGGCCAUACAGGAGAUGGUCUCACUCACCAGCCCCUCAGCGCCCCCUACGUCUAGAACCCCAUCGGGUAAUGUGUGGGUAACCCAUGAGGAAAUGGAGACCCUUGCUGCCCCCUCCAAAACGAAGUCAGAGUCAGAAGAGGGCAGCUGGUCACAGACACUGGCAUACGGUGAUAUGAACCAUGAAUGGAUUGGGAACGAGUGGCUGCCCAGUCUAGGUCUACCUCAGUACCGCAGCUACUUCAUGGAGUGUUUGGUGGAUGCACGCAUGCUGGACCAUCUCACCAAGAAAGACCUCAGAGUGCAUUUAAAAAUGGUGGACAGCUUCCACAGAACCAGUCUGCAGUACGGCAUUAUGUGUUUGAAGAAGCUCAACUAUGACAGGAAAGAGCUGGAGAGACGCAGAGAGAGCAGCCAACAUGAGAUCAGAGACGUGCUAGUGUGGACCAACGAGCGUGUGAUCCGUUGGGUUCAAAGCAUCGGUCUCCGCGAUUACGCCAACAUCCUGUUAGAGAGCGGCGUGCACGGGGCACUCAUCGCACUCGAUGACAACUUUGACUAUAGCAGUCUGGCCCUGCUGCUGCAGAUCCCCAACCAAAACACUCAGGCGAGACAAAUUCUGGAACGAGAGUACAACAAUUUGCUGGCACUGGGAACAGAAAGACGAUUAGAUGAGUGUGAUGAGAAAGACUUCAGAGGGCCGUCAUGGAGGAGGCAGUUUCCUCCGCGGGACGUUCACGGAAUCAGCAUGAUGCCCGGCUCAGCGGAGACCCUGCCUGCGGGCUUCCGUCUCACUGCCACCUCUGCACACUCACGCAGACUGCCACCCGAGGUCGGGCCAUCAGCAUUACAGCGUUUGGAGAGUUCCACUGUGAGGACCUACUCUUGCUGAGAGAAGACAUAGACUGUCUGUGAAAUAUAAAUGUAUUUUGAGUCGUACUUUGAAGUUGUGUGAAGGGUCACUGGGCCUGAAUGAAGAAUUCUGAUAAGUCACACUGCCAAGAGAUCAAGAAAAGCCCCAGAGGAUGGGGCGAGGAGGGGGGAGGUGAACGCUGUGCCAGCCCCACACCCCGCUCCUCAGCACUGAACAAGCCAAGGCCACGGCCACGACCCAGGCACCCCCCAACAGGUGCUAACACACUCUCACCCUUUCUACUUCAGCUUACAUACUAUGUAUUCUACAGGGGAUGUGUAGGUUCAACUGUAAAUGAAUAUAAAUAAAGCUGUUUUUAUAUAUAUAUAGAUAUAUAUAUAUACACAUGUCUGUAUAAAAAGUUGAAGAAAAAAGACAAGAACAUAUUCAGAGUUUGUGCAGAUUAUGUCCCUUAACGUCAUGGUUUAAAAUGAUGCUGCUCUUCGAUCUUUUCACCUAGACCAGAGAGAUGUUUUGUACAUGCUGUUACUUUCGUUUCGUUUGUUCAAGUGUUUUGAGGGCUGUUGUGAUCUACUGGUUGAAAGCCCCUCCACCUCAUUCAGAUGUCACUUCCUGUUGUCGGCCAAUGAGAGCUGUACAUACCUGUCAUGUCCCACCAGUUACAUCACACAUGCCAGAAUGGGGCUCAAAGGCGUGUCAGAUUUUAAAGUCUACAUGAAACGGCAUUUUCAACCAAUUUAACGUCCGCAAUGUGGCGUAUUUCCGAGUGAAACAGGAUAUUCAGUAAGAAAAAAAAGUAGGGCGGGACCUGGUGUGAUUUGAUGAAAAUUUUGCGCUCCAUACUAGAAAGGAACCAGACGUGAAUACCAAUUUGCAAUGGAUUGCGCACCCACUUUUGAGGUUUUUUGACCAGGACAUAGAGACUGAAGUUCUUCCCAAUGGUAGCGCUGCUUCACGUCUAUCGUUAUUUGCCAUUAUUUCCAUAACUUAUAUUAUGUUAACACAAAAACGGUAUUAAAUUACCAUGUUAAUUAGUGGCAAGUUUUUAGAUAAGGUACAUUACCUACAACAGUAGAGUAAAACAAUGCUUAAAUUGCUACAACUGUUAGUGAUUUACUGAUAACUACCAAAUAUCAGAUUAUUUAAAAAAAAUCUGACAACGCAAGAAAACUGUGUUUACAUGCGAUUAGAUUAUUAGGUUAUUCUCUGCUUUUGAUUUUAAAACGUAACGUGUACUUAUUGUAUAAGCCUGUAAGAACACAGGUAAAGGUGUUUACAUGCAACAUGAAAAUGAUGUAAUGCGCAAAAAUCUUUGUGCGCUGACUUAAAAGGUUUAUGACUAGGGAUGUGCCCGAAGCCGAAUAACUUAUUCAAAAAGGCACAAAUAAUGACUUCAAAACAAAUAACGAAUUCAUCCGAAUAAUAGAAAAAAAUAUUCGGAAGACUGAUUAUCCAACGAGCACAGGCAUAAAGUGAUAUUUUAAAUAAACAUAUAGAAAUUUACAAAGCAACGAUGAGUCUCUGAAGCCAAUAUUUCUACAGUGUAAACCUUAUGAAUGAAAAUGCACAUGGUGAUUUUAAGUUCAGAUCGGAUGGCCACAUUCUCGACUGCAGUCUCCGUUAAUUGUGCGCGUCUUAGAAAUCUAAGCUUGUUAAGAGUAUUAACCCUAUCAUACACAUUUUCCACUACUUGAAAUGUCUGAUUACAUUAACAACAGAUGUUUCACACAAUUCACACGUAAGGAUUCUGAGCGCGAUGUUUAAUUCCUGACCAAAGAAGUGAUGAUUUUAUUGUGGAGCUUGACUGUAAGUUGACAACAUUUAUAUCCACAUUAAGGUAAUUAUCUGGUUAAUCCUUUAUUCCAAAAAUGUUUAAAUGCUGCAUAGAGGUUUAAAUACUUCAAGAGUGAAAAUCUACUCAGAAUAUUCCUGCACACAGAGGAUUACACACACUCGCUUUUCAUUUCUAUCAGGAAGACUCGCAUACUUGACUGAAAUUUAAGAUGACAUUUAUUUGAUGAAUAUAAAACAGAAAUGUAAAGUCUCUCUUUGGCGUAAGCCCCGUGUAGCGGUCCGAAGAAGUUGUACUCUAAACCGUCAUAUCCUGCCGGAGAUAGGAGGCAGAGGCGAGGAGCCUACCCCCAUGCAGGACGGGACUCAACUGGUGGUGGUGAGGUGGUGGAGGUUGUCAUGUUAGCACACUGAAAUGCAAUGUGAUAGAUUGUGAGCAGACUUAUAAGGCAUUGGCUUGCAUGUGAUUGGCAAGGAGUUACCUAGCUAAUAGUGCGAUGAUGUACAGCUGCUAGUCUUCCCGCUAGAACUAGGCUGCGCUUACAUUUCUAGAAAUAUAUAAAGGCUCUAUCUUGCAAUUUAUUCCAAUGCAUUUCACUAAUUCUCCACAUGUAAUUUAACUAAUUAUUUAUGUCCUCCACAAAAAUAUGUGAACACAAAAUAAUCCUCGAGUGUAUCAUAAAACUUUCUGAUAGAGAUUUACAGUGCUUUCAGAUUGUAGGCUAUAUUCAUUUAUUCUCAUUUAUUUUAAUAUUCGUAUUUGCAAAAUUUGUACUUGACAUUUUACAGUUGCUUGACACCUUGUGCCUCCAGAAUAACAUUGUUACUUGCACACUGCACAGACAUAAACUAAAAUGUUGUUUCAGCAGAUAUUAAUGUCCGAACACCACAGUUAAUAACAUAUUCCACAGUUUAUGUAGCCAACAUAUUCAGCUUCAUCUGGUGAGAAAAAAUAAAGAAUAUAUCAAUAAUUUAAUCAAAUAAUAAUAAUAAUAAUAUAAUAAUUAUUAUUAUUAUAUUAGUAACAAUAAUAAUAAUAAUAUAAUUAUUAUUAUAAUAAAAUUAAUUAUUAUUAUUAUUAUUAUUAUUAUAAUAGUUAAAUAGGCCUGUCUGAGGCAUACUUUAUAUACAGAAGCUAUAGCCUAAAUGUAAGAGAGUUACAUUUUAAAAUUAGUUUUGACGCACUUCUGGUUUAAACCCCGCCCACAUCCGGUUCUAUCCGAAUAGAGAUACAGUUACAGAUCAUUUUGUCAUAGUAACAGAUACAGAUACAGAUAAUGGCUUUGCUGCACACCCCUAGUUAUGACCUUACCGUGAUACAGGAAUGCCAUCUUACAUGACCUUAAAUGUGCACUCAGUGCCAAAGAUUUGGCUGUUUCUUAACAUUAUUUCUGCCGCCCCGCGCAGCCUAGGUGAUGUCAGCUUAAACGAAAAGUCAUUUGAAGGGAAAUUAUUAAAUACCUAAAUAAAGUAAAUGUUGAUUUCAUGUUGACUUUAAAGCAUCUCAUCACGGAUGUUAUUGUUUGGCAAGAAUGAAUGCAUAACACUUACCAUUUAUGGAUCAAAUAGUCAUCCGUCAUGGGCAAAACAAAAUGUCCCAGAAAAGCACAGCGUGUCUCAUCGCCACUAUGGAAUGGACUACUUGCAUCACUCAGCAAACACUCUGCAUGACGGCACACCUGCUGUCAUUCACUGAACACCUGACCACCUAUCAACCAAUCAGCUGGCUUCAUUCAAGAGGGUCCAACCCACUCAAGGUUAUUUCUCGUAGGUGAAAUAACUAAAAGACAGGCUUAGCUCAUAGUGAAAAUAGAGUGUAUAUCAACUUGUUGAAGUCCAGAUUAAACUUUUUAAAAGGCAAACCUUUUGCUUGCUGUGACUUACUUUGGUGUAAAACUGUUUUAAAUCUCUGUUUCUUUUGAGGUUUCAGGGGAAAACUGUUGUACAGCCAUUGACUAUCUGUCUUUGAGUUAUUUCUGACACAGUCUUCAACAGUUUAUAUAUCCCUGUUUUGCACGCAAAGAUCAUCUUUUUAUUUUGUGUCCAUUUUUUUUUUAUUUAUUACCGAUUGUAUUUUGGUCAAAACUAUGUGGUGAUCAAAAAACUUUUCAUUGUCAAUAAAAAGUACAGUCUAAUAGGUUGUUUGUAAAAAUCAUUUUUACAAAGACAUUUCCUCAAGUUGACACGUCAUUAGAUUUGAUAUAGUGAAAUGUGCUUGGGUUGCAAAGAAAAUACACACAGAAAACGGAUGAAUUUCACAAACCCUACCAAAAACAUGUCCAAGUUAUAUCUCACCUCAAAAUUCAGAGGAAAAAGUAAGAAAAUGGAGCCUAUUUUCAGGACAUUUAUAUAUUUAUUUGUAUUGUGACAUUAUUUUCAUGACAACUAAGCACAUUUCCCCUGAAAUUCUCAUUACCAUAAAAAAAAGAAUAAUAACAAUUAAAACAUUUUUUUAUUGUAUUCUUUGAAUUACAGGGAAAAAUCACCACUGAGAAAUAAAAACGCCUGAACCCAGAGUAAUGAGAAUUUUGGGCGAAAUAUGCUUUUUGCUUUUUUAUUAAAAUGUCUCAACACAAAUAUUUAUGACCGUUAAAUUAGAUAUUUUACUUUCUUUAAGCAAAAUAUUAUUACUUUAAAUUUUGGGGUGAAAUAUGACGAUUUUUUUUUUGUGACAUUCCCGCUUUCAUACUCUUACCUUAAGAACAAGUGGUUAUAUUUGGUCCAGCUAAUACAAAAUCCAGCCAUUGAAAUGAUACUAUCACUCAUACUAAUACAAGAGAUUAUUAUUGCUUGCAAAUAUUAUGGCAUAUUGAGUAAAUGUACUUCCUAUUGGGUACCAUGAUCGGAUUCUAUAUGCAUAACGAGUUUCACAAGUGGAAUCUAGCUCAGUAUUACCAGGUCUUUUAAUCGUUGCACUAACCAUCUUCUUAAUGUCCUUAGAGACCUCAGGAACUUCUAUGGUGGGAGUGAUCUGUGCAUUUCAAAUUAGAAACAUCUAAAUUAGAAAGCUUUGCAAUACCAUAAUAUUUUGAUUAAAGAUUUGCUGCUGUCGCUUAUACAACCUCCAUUUAUGGGACCCACUUUAUAUCAAGUGUCUUUUUUUUCAAUUAGGCAUGCCCAAUUCCCAAUGUGCUCUAAGUCCUCGUGAUGGCGUAGUGACUCGCCUCAAUCCGGGUGGCGGAGGACGAAUCUCAGUAGCCUCCGCGUCUGAGACCGUCAAUCCGCGCAUCUUAUCACGUGGCUUGUUGAGCGCUUUACCUCGGAGACGUAGCGCUUGUGGAGGCUUCAUGCUAUUCUCCGCGGCAUCCACGCCCAACUCACCACGCGCCCCACUGAGAGCGAGAACCACAUUAUAGCAACCACGAAGAGUUUAACCCAACAUGACUCUACCCACCCUAGCAACCGGCCCAUUGGUUGCUUAGGAAGCCUGACUGGAGUCACUCAUUAUAUUAGGUGUCUUUAACUACUAUGUUGUAUUUAAACAAAACAAUUAUACAAUGUACUGAUUAUGUACAUACGUGUUGUUGCAUUGUUCUUACAUUUAAAGGUGCAUUCAGUAGUUUGGAGCCAAUUUAAAAAGUUUUACACAUUAAUGAUUGAAUUGUAUUUUGGUGAAGUUUGAUCCGAAUGUUGUACACUCACAUGAGAUGAAGACUGUACUCAUAAAAGUUUUCUAUAAAAAGUGUUUUAUUCUACAUGGUGCGGGGUCACCCCCUUCAAUGUGUUUUGCUAUGUUGAAAUCGCAUGACCUGUGGUGUUUCACUAAACAUCGAAGAAGAGAAACCUCGCGCUCAUUGGCUGCCGCCUGUGUAGAUACUCUUGGUUAUGCUUAGAAAAUUGUUGUUUGGUGACGCGAAAAGAGCGAAAAGAAUCAGAAUGAGCUUUAUUGCCAAGUAUGCUUACACACACAAGGAAUUUGCCAUGGUGACAGAACACAAUGGAACAUACUUAUUUAUUGUGCUUUAGCAGCGGAAACAAUGGGAGAUCCAGUAGCUGUACUGCCAAAGAUGCAAAAAAAAGGUCUGCAACUGGCUUCAAGCAAGAAGACAAAAAUACUGGCAAAGGCAAAAAAAAACUCGAGUAAACAUCGGUAACGGUAAGGCAUCUGCGUCUUCAUUCGUUUAGUGCAAAGUAGCGUUGCACAGCAAUUGUUGUGGAUUUUGUGUAAACAUGAUGUUGGUUGCUUGGAAAUAAAACGAGUUCUUCAAAUACAGUAUUCAUGGACAUGCUAAAUUUGAUCAUCAAAAACAAUUCUAAUCUUUCCUUUACCAUAACAUUCUGUAUUGCUAGAUAUUUGAGGUUUAUUUAUGCUAAGAUAACUGUCUUUAGAAAUAACAUGAAAUGUAGACAGUCUCCAAAGAUUACUGAUAUGAGGGACAAUAAUUAUCUAUUCUUAAAAGUAGAAGCAUUCUAUCAAUC